AUGCUCGUGGAAAUCACAUGAGCAGAGGUUUGUCUUUUCUCGUCUGGGACUACAGGCGCGAUUACAAUCGCAUGUCAGGAAUCUUGUUAAAAUGCAAGUGAGUCACAUGGGCGUGGCUCUGAGCUAUUGGGUCUUUCGACUCCAAGUCAAUGCCCACUUGCCUUGUUCACGGCCACGAGGUGAAGAGUCCCAUUCCCCGAAGACCACGCAGGCCACGGGUGAUGGAAACGUGAUGUUUCACGGGCUUCUCUUCACGAUGUGCGCCCAGUCCCUUGCAUGUUUCAUCCUAGGAGUAUUGUCAAGGGUUUCCGGAUUUGCGCGUCCUCCACCCACGCACCAGCCAGGGAUGGAUAAUCGCUCUUGUUCAUUAGAAACUGCGCACAAGACAAGCAAUUAGCUGUGGGACUACUGAGUCUCGGGGACUGAAAGUCUAUCCAGAGCCAAGAUGAUGCUUCGGUAAUUAAAAUCUUGGAAACGGUUUC